AUGGCUACGUCGCGGGUGGUUCUACUUAUUGCCAUAACCGUUGUUGCAUUCGUGCUCCAUAGAGCAAUCGCUUGGUAUCAAUUUAACAGGAAAUACAAACUACCGCCCAAGGUUCCAGGAUGGCCAAUCAUUGGAAACACCCUGGAUGUCCCCUUUCCGGCUGGGAUGUGGUUGGUUGAGACGUCAAAGAAAUACGGCGAAAUGUUCACGUGCGAUCUCGCCGGGAAAACGCUUGUCUUCCUAAAUUCAAAUCGCGUGGUCAACGACAUUAUGGAGAAGCAUGCCGCCAUCACAGCGGCCCGCCAAUAUCGGCCAAUGACUUCAGAAAUUAUGUCCGGUGGUAGGCGUAUGCUGCUCAUGAGUCACACCGAUAGAUGGAGGAAUCAGCGCAAGGUGAUGCAUUCGCAGUUGAACGGCAAACAAGCAGAAACCAACUUUGUGCCGUAUCAAGAGUUGGAGUCGAGGCAUUUGGUGUGGGAUUACCUGAACAAACCCGAAAAGUUCUACCUUGCGAACCAACGCUUCUCAAAUUCCGUCAUCGUCAGCGUGGUGUUUGGCAGAAGAGCUCGUCUGGACGAUAAGCAACUGGCCAUCAUUCUUGGCCAGAUGGCGGAAUUCGGAAAAGCCUUGUUCAGUCCCAUCGUUUCCCCCGCCGACUUGUUCCCGGUGUUGGCAAAACUUCCCAAACAGUUACAGUGGUGGAGACCAUAUGGGGAGCGAUUUUUCCAGGAGACUCUGGCUGUUUAUCAACGCGAACUUGACCUACUGAAGGACAAGAUGGCAAAGGGCACCGCCAAGCCCUGCUUCGCAAUCAACAUGAUGAACGAGAUGGAGAAGAAGGAGUUCGCUUCCAUCGACGACGCAGAGAGGCUUAUGAUUUUGAGCACCCUUUUCGAGGCUGGUAGCGACACUUCCCGAACGGUCAUCACCCAGAUCGUCGCAGCUGCAGCGAAAUAUCCACGUUGGGUCAAGAAGGCACAAGAAGUCCUGGAUGAAGUAUGCGGAGCAAAUGCCGAGCGCCUGCCCUUGCUCAGUGAUAGGCCAAGCUUACCCUACAUCAUGGCGGUUGUGAAAGAGGGUCUGCGAUGGCGUCCUUUCCUUCAGAUGGGCGUACCACAUAUGCUCUCUGAAGACCUGGAGUAUGAGGGUUACAAAUUCCCUGCUGGCACGCAAUUUACAUGGGGUGCCUAUGCUCUUGCGUUGAAUGAGGACGACUACCCAGACGCGCGUACGUUCAACCCGGAAAGGUUCAUGAAUGAAGAUUUGAAGGCUCCUUUGAAGGGUCAUUGGUCUUUUGGUGCCGGUCGUCGAGUCUGUGUAGGCUACAACGUCGGUGUUAACAACGUGUGGAUCGCGACCGCGUGUUUACUAUAUUGCUUCGACUUUGCAGAGGAUCCGGACCAUCCCAUCGACGAAUACAUAUCACCUUGGGACAAGCACGAUGGACCUCCUUUCCAUGUCAGAAUCACGCCGCGUAGCCAAGUUCACAUUGACCUGAUCAAGCGAGAAAGCGCUCAUGUUUUGAGCAUGGAGUACUAA